CUGAUCACAGUUCUGAUUUAAUAAUAACACGUUUUGCUCUAUGAUAUGAGAUAGCCAUUGUAAUAAAUUAUUAGAAUUUUUAGAAAAUGAAUAAUGAUAAACCGUUCAAUCCAUAUAUCACCGUUGAUGAGGAAGAAAUAGUUAUCCCUGAUAUUGCUGGACGAUUUCCUAAUUCGGAUAAUAUAAAAGAAUUUCAGGAUAAUCUUUUCAAUAAAAUGGAUCUCGUUUCAAAGGAUCAUCAACGCUAAACCAAUUAUAUUUUUGAAAUGCCUCCUUGAAUAGGAAAAAUAAACAAUUUAGAAAAAUUUGAUGCAGAAUUUUUUAAUAUGUCGAUCGAAGAAGCUCAUACGCUUGAUCCUGGAAUUAGAAUAUUGUUCGAAAGCACCUAUGCAGCAAUUAUUGACGCAGGUAUCAAUCCCGCAGAACUGCAGGGAACAAGGACGACAGUUAUCACAGCAAUGUCAGUUUGUAAUACAUAUCUCGAUGUAUUAUACGAAAAGCUUCAUGUUGCUGGAUUGCCAUUCUUGGUUGUAGUAAAAAUAUGUUGGCAAAUAGAAUUUCUAACUGACUCAACGACUGGACCAUCAUAUAACAUCGAUACUGCAUGUAGCUCGACCUAUUUCGCUAUGGUGGAAGCUUACAAUUUGAUUCGAUCUGGAAUUUGCGACGCGGCUAUUGUCGCUAGUAUCAAUUUGUGUAUUCAUUCUUUUGUAACUUAUCAGUUUUAUCGUCUGGUUUUAGUCAAUGAAAACGGAAGAAAGGGUAGAAUAUUAUAUGAACAGGUCUUCUCUUAGGACAUAUUAAAAUCAAUUGUUCUCGAAACGUAUCUUUUAACAUGUAUACCUACUUGGAUAAAGUGACUAAAUAAUAUUUAACAUGGCAAUGAAAUAAAUUAUAAAAUAUUUUAAAG